AUGGACGCCUCUUCGUCGAAAAUGUUGUUUGGCAGCAAGCUCGAGCUGGAGAUCUAUCCACCUUGGAAGGAGCAUUACAUCAACUACCUCAGGUUGAAGAAGCUUUUGAAGGAAGGGGUGAUUCUUCAGGAUGCGUGGUCAGAGAAGGACGAAAAGGACUUUGUUAGUGCAUUAGACUCCGACUUGGAGAAGGUGUACUCAUUUCAGAGCAACAAGUAUGAUGAGUUGAACGAGUACCUCGAUGAUCUACAAAAGGAGACAGAGUCACCCGCGGCCAACUUUGACGUUCAGUCCUUUAGCAGCAAGUUGAAUCUGAUUUUGAACUUGACGCAGGAAUUGAAUAGAUUUCAACGUUUGAAUUAUACUGGGUUCAUCAAGAUCGUGAAGAAGCAUGACCGGUUGCAUCCCAAGUAUUCGGUCAAGCCGAUGUUGAACGUGCGUUUGAAGCUGUUGCCCUUUCACUCGGAGGAUUACUCGCCUCUUUUGUUCAAGAUCUCUGCGUUGUUUCAAUUCUUGCGUGAUAACUACGACGUGGACCAGUCUCUCUCGAAAUUGAGCUCCUUCAAUGACGACUCGGCUCCCGCAGACUACAACUCGUACAAGUUUUGGGUUCAUCCGGACAACUUGAUGGAAGUCAAGGCCAUUAUUUUGCGUCAUCUUCCUGUUCUUGUGUACAACAACAAAAAUAGGGAAAGUGCAUACAACUACGAUGACGAUGACGACGACGAUGAUGAUGACGACGAUGACGAUGGAUUCAAGUUCUCCAGGAACGACCCUACAAUUAACUGCUUGUACUUUGACAAUGAGAACUUUGACUUGUACAAUAACAAGCUUGUCAAAAGCCCUAAUGCCAACACUCUUCGUAUCAAAUGGGUUGGCAAGUUAAGUAACAAGCCUCAAAUUUCUUUGGAGAAGAAGAGCUUUGAAAAGAGCCUGGAAACAUAUGAUGUCGAUGAGAAAGUCACACUCAAGGAGAAGCAUUUGGAUAGUUUCAUCCGUGGAAACUUUGACAAGCAGAAAUACUUACGCAAGCUCUUGAAGAAGGGUGAUUCCCCCGAAAAGGUUGAGGAGCUAGAAAAGCACAUCGACUCCUUGUCAAAGUUCAUCAAGGAUAACCACGUUCAGCCAUGUCUCCGUACCCAGUACAAGCGCACAGCGUUCCAGAUUCCUGGUGACGACAAGGUACGUGUGGUUAUCGAUUCCGACAUCUACUUCAUCAGGGAAGAUGCUUUCGAUCAGCAGAGACCUAUCAGAGAUCCAACUAAGUGGCUCAGAACUGACAUUGACUCCAAGGUCAACAACCCAUUGUCUCUUUUGAGAAAAGGCGAGUUUGUGAGAUUUCCUUACGCCGAGCUCGAAAUCAAGAUCAAGAACAGGAAGAAGGGAAGAAGACUUGUGUGGGUAGACGACUUAGUCCAUUCGCAUUUAAUCAAGGAGAUUCCUAACUUCUCUAAGUUUAUUCAUGGCAUAGCCUCGUUAUUUUUGGAAGACGACAAGCUCGACAACAUUCCCUUCUGGUUCAACGAAUUGGAGUCUGACAUGAAGGUUGAUCCUCAACAGGCUUAUAUUGACACCAGAGAGAAAAUGGCGAAAUUGCAAAGUGACGAGGAGAACUUAAAGAAGUUCAAGUCGAUGUUAGCCAAUUCCAGCUCUCCUGACAUCUCGGCUAGAUCAAAGUCGUUCUCCGGCUCGCUUUUGGCAGCAGGGGAAUUGAACAGAGAAUCAGAGUCUAAAAUAAGUGAAACUGGCGAAGGCACCUCACAGAAAUCAAACAUUCUACAGUCAGUUACUGAAAAUGCAGUGUCAGAGCAAGACCAAACGCCUGUUUCUGGCGGCGACUUGGACCAGUCUUCUGAUGAUGAUUAUGACGAGGAUGAUCAUCGUAAAACACCAAUUCAGAAGUUGUUGAGGUUGCCCAACACUUUUUCCAAGUUACUUGAUGUCGACUCGGAGGAAGAAGAGAUCGACUUGCCUGCUGGUGUUGUCAAGCCUGAGCAGUACAUCAAGAAUGCCGGCCCCUUGAGAAUUGAGCCUAAGGUUUGGUUGGCUAACGAGCGUACGUUCAACAGGUGGCUUCAUGUUACCACUUUGUUGUCUACAUUGACCUUUAUCAUCUACUCCUCAACAAGCAGGGCGAACUCCUCUAAAUUGGCAGAAUACCUUGCCUAUAUUUACUUUGCUUUGACUAUAUUCUCAGGCAUCUGGGGUUACUACAUCUUCAUCAAAAGAAGAGGUAUCAUCAUGGAGAGAUCGUCUAAACAUUUGGACAAUGUAAUUGGGCCAUUGGUGGUCGCCUUUGGCUUGAUCUUUGGCCUCAUCAUUAAUUUUGUUUACGGAUUUCGUGCCAUUGCACUGCAGAAGGCAGAUGGGUUCACCGCUGCUGGGUUAUCCGACGACUUCUACACUAAGAACCCCACACAAAAGAAGAUCCUUGACAUUGUAUUCUAUCUCGUGGGUGCACAGACCUGA